GAAUAGCUUUCUAGGGACAUUCUUGCGUGCAGGGGGAAAUCUCUUGAAAUCUAUUGGGACCUCCUAUUUGUCCACCACAUGAAUAUACUCCCACAACUUUGCCUGAAUAGGUAGUAAAUACAGUAAUAAGAUUUUAUUUCCUAUUUUUUCAAAAACUGGCCAUUUGUACAUGCGCAGUAUACAAAUGUCUGUCUCUAUCUGGAUGCAUGUUGCCCGUGUUGUUAUCGUUACGGUUUAGGUUCGCUCUGAUCCAGUUCGAAAGCAUCGGAGUUCGUUGCGCAUCCCACGAGGCAACUCGGCCGGCUUCGCUCACGCCGUGUUCCGCCAGCGGGUGGCACCGGCGUCUUCCCGAAGGCCACGGCUGCGGCCGGCUCCCUUGGCCAAUAGGUGGCGCUGCAGUUUAAGGACUCGCUCUCAGGAGGGUACUCGGUGGGCGGAAGCUGUCUGAGGUCGCCUUCCCGUUAGGCUUUGGGUUUCCGCUGACCCCUCGCUCGCCUGGGCUGGGAAGUCCGCUGGUGGUGCCUGGUGAGGCGAACAGGGGGGAGAUCAUGGCAGCCUCGAAGCCCGUGGAGGCUUCUGCCGGUGGGGGCGGGACGGGCUCGGGCAUCCCUCGCUGGCAGCUGGCCCUGGCCUUGGGGGCGCCGCUGCUGAUCGGCGCCGGAGCGCUUUACCUGUGGGGCCGGCGGCGGCGAGCGACGCGGGGCGGCGGCAAAGGCGCGAGUGAAAGGAAGACCCCCGAAGGAAGGGCCAGCCCGGGACCCACCGAUCUCCCCGGGGGAGGCCAGCCCAAUGGCCCCGGCGGGGACGAGAUGAGUCCUCUUGAUAGAGCCCAAGCGGCAAAGAACAAAGGCAACAAGUAUUUUAAAGCUGGGAAAUAUGAGCAAGCCAUUAAGUGCUAUACUGAAACCAUCAGUUUAUGUCGCCCUGAGAAGAAUGUUGACCUUUCUACCUUUUACCAGAACAGAGCUGCGGCGUAUGAGCAGUUGCAAAAGUGGAAAGAAGUAGCCCAAGACUGCACGAAGGCUGUUGAGCUUAAUCCCAGAUAUGUGAAAGCGCUUUUUAGACGUGCAAAAGCACAUGAAAAACUAGACAACAAGAAAGAGUGUUUGGAGGAUGUCACUGCUGUGUGCAUUUUAGAAGGCUUUCAAAAUCAACAAAGUAUGUUGCUAGCUGAUAAAGUUCUUAAACUUCUUGGGAAAGAAAAGGCCAAAGAAAAAUACAAGAAUCGGGAACCUCUGAUGCCUUCACCACAGUUUAUCAAAUCUUACUUCAGCUCUUUCACGGAUGAUAUUAUUUCCCAACCUCUUCUUAGGGGAGAGAAAUCUGAUGAAGAUAAGGAUAAAGAAGGAGAGGCUUCUGUAGUAAAAGAAAACUGUGGCUAUUUAAAGGCAAAGAAAUACAUGGAAGAAGAAAACUAUGACAAAAUAAUUAGUGAGUGUACUAAAGAAAUUGAGGCUAAAGGAAAAUAUAUGGCGGAAGCCUUGCUGUUACGAGCCACAUUCUACCUGCUUAUCGGUAAUGCAAAUGCUGCCAAACCUGAUCUGAAUCAGGUUAUUGGCAUGGAAGAUGCUAAUGUAAAGCUUCGUGCUAAUGCUCUUAUCAAACGGGGAAGCAUGUAUAUGCAACAGCAACAGCCUAUGCUCUCUACACAAGAUUUUAAUAUGGCAGCUGAUAUUGAUCCUCAGAAUGCAGAUGUUUAUCAUCACAGGGGGCAGCUAAAAAUUCUGCUUGACCAAGUUGAAGAAGCUGUAGAAGACUUCGAUGAAUGUAUCCGUUUGCGACCAGAUUCUGCCUUGGCACAAGCACAAAAAUGUUUUGCAUUGUAUCGUCAGGCAUACACUGGAAGUAAUUCUUUGCAAGUACAAGCAGCGAUGAAAGGCUUUGAGGAUGUUAUUAAAAAGUUUCCAAGAUGUGCUGAAGGCUAUGCACUGUUUGCUCAGGCUCUAACAGAUCAACAACAGUUUGGCAAAGCUGAUGAAAUGUAUGAUAAAUGUAUUGAUCUUGAGCCAGAUAAUGCUACUACCUAUGUUCAUAAAGGUUUACUUCAACUUCAGUGGAAGCAGGAUUUAGAUAAAGGUUUGGAACUUAUUAGCAAAGCCAUUGAAAUUGAUAACAAAUGUGACUUUGCAUAUGAAACCAUGGGGACAAUUGAAGUACAAAGAGGCAAUCUGGAUAAAGCCAUCGAAAUGUUCAAUAAAGCUAUUAACCUAGCCAAAUCUGAAAUGGAAAUGGCUCAUCUCUACUCACUCUGUGAUGCUGCCUAUGCCCAAACAGAAGUUGCAAAGAAAUAUGGACUGAAACCGCCAACAUUGUAAAGAGACAAUAAGCGGGGAAUGUUGUUUUAAAAGUAAAGCUGCCCAUUUUGAUCUUGUCCUAACAACACUGUUGCAGUGUGUUGAAUGAUGGGAUUUUUUUUUCUGUUCGUGGUGAUGUAAUUAUCUGUUAUAUGUUUAGGUGUUGUGGGAGUGGCUGUUCAAGGAAGUAAGCAAUUUGUUUCCCCUGCCCCAAGUAAUUGUUAAGGAGAUUAAAACAGUUUCACGGGGAUCAGAGAUUAUUUUGGCCAUGCAAAUAAAAACCUUUUUUGACUCAUGUUUUGAGGUUAGUUGUUGAAAAAAAUGUUUUACAGCUUUUCAUUUGGUUGAUUUUAAAAAAUUAAUAAUACUGUGUAAUUUUAUAUGCAAUUCAUUUUAGUUGUGCAAUAAGAAAAAAAAUGCAAAAUUGUUUAAUAGUUGGGAUUUUUGAGACAAUUGUGGGUGAAACAAUAUUUUCAACAUUAUUACCAUGUAUAAAGUUUCUUUCCCUCACUUUUACAUUUUCUGCUUCUUAAGAGGAUAGUGGCAACUACUUAAACAAUGGCUACCUGAAGUUCUCAACAAUGUUAUCCUAGUACAUAGUUCGGAGAACUUUGAAGAUCUUGACUAUCAUCUGCUCAAUGGCCUCUAUCUCCAAUAAUGUUGUGCAUACUUGUCUAUGGAUGUAAACUUCUAAUCCCAGAACACAAACAUUUGUCUUGACUUGAGAAAGAACCUAACUGUAAAGGUUUUUCUGCAGGGCAAAACUACCAUUGCAUGGGCAUUGCCUAAAGCCCUGGAUUUUUAGUGUUAAUCUGUUAAAAUUGGUUUUUUGUAGAAUUUAUAUUGAACCUUUGGGUUGGAGCUUGGAUCAGUGGAUCCAACUGAUUUGGAAACCACAGUUAACUACUCUUACCAGAAAGAGAGGAGAAAAGCUCUUACUGAUGCUGCACAAGUAUCCAGCUGCAGUAUUGUUCUUUUGUAGCUCAGUUUUAAGUCUUCCUCUGCAUUAGGAAGUUUACUGCUACUAAUUACCAUGCUAUUUUAGGAGCUACUGAAGCCUCUCCAAACUUUUGCAGUUCUGUUUCAGUUGAUAAGAAAAUCAUGGUAGGGUGCAGGUGUUUUUAAGAUGGCAUCUUUAUUUGGAUCUGCUUUUUGCCCUAUGUCCUGAUACAAACCAAUUACACUCUUUUGUCUGUUAUUUCAAAGUGGUAAAUGCAGUACAAUAUUGGAGAAAUUCAGCAGAAGUUUGAUUAAUAUAAGUUUACUUUUAAAAGCCAACUCCUCUCUUUUUUUGAAAGAGCUGAUAUGAACAAGCUCCCUGUUCCCCUUUCUGGGUUUUUGGGCUUUCUAUCUAUUGCAUUACUGGAUCUCUUUGUUUCCCAUCCCCAACCAUAACUGCAUCAUAUUUUUUCAAAAGGGUUUUUAUUUGCGUGGCUCUGACUUCACACUGACACUUCUCUCUCCUGAAAGAAAUUAAGAAUUAAGCAUGUGCUGUCUAAUAACUAGCAUUCCAGAUCAUCACAGACUGCUGCCUGUUCUUCAGAUAUUUGAACUGCACUGAAAGAAUGCAUAUGUUAUUUUUUUUGUAAAUGACUUACACAUGUAAAGUCAUAAAAUAAAACUUACCUUCAAAUAUCCUUCAUACA